GUAACUCGAGACGGGGGAGGGGGCAAAAUAACAUGGGAGCAACUUGACAAGUAACACCGGAAGUAAUAUGCCAUAGCUUUUCUCGGGCAUGUUUUGACUGGUUGACAUAGGAUUUGGUCAAAUUUAUGGAGUUUUACUGAUAGUUUGAUGCAUCCGCCGGUCGCUACGGGUCUUUCUGGCCUGUGUCGAGUCACUGAACAUCUUUACGUGAGUAACGGCAGAGCGGCGAGUCGCGCCUCUCUGGUGAGUGCGAACAAAAUAACGUGCAUCAUAAACGUCACAGAGACCAAAAGCAUCAGUGGAGCUUUUCACGGUGUGGAGUACGUCCACAUUCCCUUGUCUGACACACCGUCCACACGACUCGGCGACCACUUCGACGAGGUGGCAGAUAAAAUACAGCACGUCGCACAGAGUGGUGGUCGCACAUUGGUGCACUGCAACGCCGGGGUGAGCCGCUCAGCUGCAUUCUGCAUGGCUUUUCUAGUCAAGCACCGCGGUGUGACUCUGCUGGAGGCACACGCUUGGCUCAAGACCUGUCGGCCCAUGGCGAGGCCCAAUAAUGGUUUCUGGAAGCAAUUAAUUCACUAUGAAGAGGAGCUUCGUGGGUGCACGUCUGUCCGGAUGGUAUCAUCGUCCAUGGGAGAGAUACCUGAUGUGUAUGAAGAGGAGGCCCGAAAUAUGAUGCCACUCUGACAGCCUGCUGCUUCUCGUGUACUUUUCUUAUUAUGAACUGUGUCUACUUUUGCAAACUGCAUUAAAACGUGCUUUUAAACUG